AUGCCAUCCCUGAGCGUUGGCUUUGCCAAGGUGGGUCCUUUCAGGGCCGCCCGGGGCGAAGAUGAGACGGUGCAGCUGCCGACGGAGCCCUGCUUCGAGCAGCUGAAGCUGACCUACCGGGCGCUCCGCAGCAUGGCCCGACUGCACGCGUGGGCCUUGGUCGCCAAAACGAUGGCUCGCCCUCCCGGGCUGGGGAUGUCCGCCCAGAAAGGAUGGAUUAUUGUGAACAUGAUGGAGUGGUCGAGGCGCAACGUCAUGCAGAGCGACGCGAAGAGCAUCAAGGCAUUUUGCCUGGGCUGCAUCAAACCCUACUUUACGCCGCUGACGAUCAGCGCGAAGACGCGGUUGCUCCUGCCGCCUCGGCCGCAAUGA